UCAGGGACCGGUCCCCGUCCGCAUUUCGCUUGGACAAUUUCCCAGAAGUGGCGCGAUCUUCAGGCAGAGCGCCAGGCUCCGUCAGUCGACUACGAUCACUCGUUGAGUGCGGUCGUUGUUGUUCGUUCGAGCAUUUUGACAGUCGGUUCGUAAUUUUUAAUUUUUGUGCGCUUGUGAUUUGGUGGAUACGUAUCGGAACAAUGUUCGCGGCUGUGUCGAUCUGUUUGGCGGUUUGGUUUACGUUGGGCGCCGGGGAAGAACAGGCCGUCAGCGUUAACAGGGCUGUCGGAGGCGGCGACGACAAGUGGAUGCGGUUUUCUACUGAUUAUGUUCGUUGUUACUGCAAUUUGCCCGCCUGCGUCUCAACAGGUUACAUGUGCAAGUCCAGGGGUGGUGGCUGUUUCUCAGAUCUCCUGGACCAUUCCGCCUCCUCAUCAUCGUCCUCCGGUCGUUCGACGGUUUACAGAGGACGACACGGCUGCGUGGAGUUACUACCUGAAAUAGAUCAAAAGGCGAGAUGCGAUAACCACUAUGAGAACUCGAAGCCGUACAAAUUCAAACAUCCCAAAUCCCUAUUCGUUUGCUGCAGACACGAUAUGUGCAAUCACGUAGAAAACCCACAAACGAAGAACAUUCUCAACAGCACCUUAUUCGGACAUAUUUUAGAGGACAGCAGCAACGAUCCAAGACAAGUGACAGGACACCAGGAGACUUUGCUGUACUCUAACUCAGAGGUGUGGUUUAGGGCUGCCACAAUUGCUGUGCCUAUUUGUGGGGCCGUCAUUCUCUUCGUCUUGAUCGCCCUCGCCGUAAAGAUACUCAAGAGCGAGAACGAGAACUCUCCCAGUCACAAACUCGGCCCCGCAUUGUACAUCCAUCACCUCCCGUCGCAGAGCAAAAACUCCUGCGAGAAGUACCCGGAGUGCUAUGACCGCACGUACGACAACCUGCUGGCUAAACCGCACCCGACCGACCACCACCACAACCUCCUGUUCCUGCACCAGAACGAGGAACCCCACCGUCAAAUCCACGCACCACUCCUGCUACAGAACGAGGUGUAUGGCGACAAGAACGAGACGAACGCCAAACUCAAUCUGAUCCAGAACGAGAACGUAUGCGACUAUUUGGAGAAGAACACCGAUCAUUUUCCCGAGGUGAACAUCGCCAAGAAAAUGAACGGGGAUAAGUUCGCGAAGUUGUAAGGUCGAGAUGAGUGAUGGGCGUGCCAAAAUUUGUACGUGUACUUAAAAGCGUUUCGGUGUUCCGUUUUGUACCGGCUGUGAAAAGCACGACGUGCUGCCAAUCCCCGAAAUUUAGACUGAUUUGUUUUUUGGAUUCGUAAUCUCAGGUUUUUAUUAAUCACUUGCGGUUUUGUGUGUCGACAGUUUAUGUUGGAGUUAAAGACUGGUUAUAAUACACUCGUUUGGUACGUUAAUGAGUUUCUGAUUUUGCAAUGCGACUUGUUUGGUUGCUGCACUUUUUGUAAUAUAUAUUGUAUGUGUAUUACCAUUGAAAUGUAUUCAAUAUGUUUCGUAUUUAAGGAUAAUAAAUGAAUAGAAAUGUGAUGUUUACUAACAAAUUGACAAUAAUAAUAAUAAUGGACUGCUCAAAACUUAUAGUACUGUGUAAAUAUUGUAAAUUGUACUAUAGUAUAUUUCCUGUAAAUUGCUUAUUUAUUGUUGUAUUAUGUAUUUAUAUGAUAUUUUUUGUAAAAAUUUAUGCCUAUUGUAAUAAAAGAAAAUUAUGAA